AGCGGGAGUAUUGUAGUCUAGUUGACUGCUUAUUGUAUUGCAGUAAUAACUGUAACUCGUAAAUUCGUCAGUAGCUCUGUGAAUACAAUGGGCAAUAGAAAAAAACAAUUCUUAACAUUAGUUAAAUUCUUUUACAGUUUAUUCUUAAGUCACGCUUCGACCAUGAGUGCUUUGAGUCCUAUGGAUCCUUCUUCAUACUCACGGCCAGAUAUAGCUGUGGUGAAACACACCUCUCUCUCCCUCAAUGUGGACUUUGAGAAGAAAGUACUAAGUGGGUCAGCUUUAAUCACUGUAGAUGUUUUGCAAGACACUGGUGAAGUGAUUCUAGACACAAGCAACCUUACCAUCCACUCAAUAGAAUUAGAAGAUGGCACCCCCUUGAAGUACACACUUGGGGAUGACUUACCCAACUUUGGCUCCAAGUUGACGAUAAAGCUGCCUAAAACAGAGAUAGCAGGAGAGACGUUAAAAAUUAAAAUAGACUACGCGUCUUCGCACACCGCGUCUGCUCUGCAAUGGCUGGAACCUAGCCAGACCUCGGGCAAGAAGCACCCAUACCUCUUCAGUCAAUGUCAGCCUAUCCACGCUCGCUCUAUCUUGCCCUGUCAAGACACGCCAGCCGUGAAGUUCACAUACGACGCGGAAGUCACAGCACCUGAAGAGUUCACUGUUCUAAUGGGCGCCCUCCGUGGAGAGAGCCGCGGUGCUAAAGCCACCUUCCGGCAGCCUGUGCCUAUACCGGCGUAUCUGCUGGCUAUCGCUGUGGGCGUGCUAGAGUCUAGAGAACUCGGGCCGAGGUCCCGAGUAUGGUCAGAAAAGGAUGAAAUCGAAAAGAGCGCUUGGGAAUUCGCGGAGACGGAGAAAUACCUACAAGCGGCCGAGCGAUUAUGCGGGCCGUACGUGUGGACGCAAUACGAUUUGUUGGUGCUGCCCCCUUCUUUCCCGUAUGGGGGGAUGGAGAACCCGUGCUUGACUUUCGUCACUCCUACUUUACUGGCUGGUGACAGAAGCCUAGCAGACGUAUUAGUCCACGAGAUCAUGCACAGCUGGACUGGGAACCUCGUCACCAACAGGAACUUCGAGCACUUCUGGCUCAACGAGGGCUUCACCGUGUUCCUGGAGAGGAAGGUCGGCGCCUCGCUCAUCGAUGACAGCGCGGAGGCCAAGAAGAGCAGGGACUUCCAUAGCUUGCUGGGGCUCCAGGAGUUGACUGAGGCGCUGAACACCGUCGGUGCCACCAACCCCCUAACCCAGUUACACGUCAACCUCAAAGGAAUCCACCCGGACGACGCAUUCUCCCGCGUCCCUUACGAAAAGGGCUCUCUCUUCCUCCGUUACAUCGAGGAUUUAGUCGGUGGCCCCGGUAAGACGUUCUAACAUUAUCUAAUAUUUCAGGUCAGUGACCUUGGCCAGACCAACCCGCUGACACGGCUGGUCGUGGACCUGAAAGGAGUUCACCCUGAUGAUGCGUUCUCGACGGUCCCUUAUGAGAAGGGGUCGCUGUUUUUGAGAUAUUUAGAGGAUCUAGUCGGCGGGCCGGAGGUAUUCGACGAUUUCGUCCGCUCGUACCUGAACCACUUCGCGCGGAAGUCUCUGGAUACGGAUCAGUUCAAGGCCUACCUGCUCAAGUAUUUCAGCGACAGCGACAAAUUAAACGCGGUCGACUGGAAGGCGUGGCUGAACACCAGCGGCAUGCCUCCGGUCAUUCCUGACUAUGAUACUUCAAUGACCAAGGCGAUCUCAACACUAUUGGGACAAAUCAGCGAUCACCACAAGUUCAAAUUCAACGACGUCAAAGUGUUCACGCCCCACCAAAUAAUUCAUUUGCUGCAAGAACUGAUCGAUCGGCCGCCAUUGUCUGUGGAUAGUCUGCGCAGUAUGGGGCACGCGUAUAAACUGGAUACGAGUAAAAACGCUGAAAUUAAGUACAGGUGGCUGAGAUUGUGCAUCAGAAGUAAAGACCUCGACAAACUACCCGAAGCAUUCGAUUUCGUCAACAAACAGGGCCGUAUGAAGUACGUGCGACCGAUAUACAGGGACCUUUACGCCUGGGAAGAAGUGAGACAGCAAGCCAUAAACAAUUUCUUAGAAAACGAAAAAUAUAUGAUGCAUGUGUCUGCGUAUACAGUGCGAAAAGACUUGCAUCUCAAUAAUUAAUGAUAUAAAAUAUUAGAUAAAUACAGUUUUGUAUUCUUUUAUUCAUGUAAGCUGAUUAUUUUUUUACUAUUUUGUUAAGUGAGAUGUGAAUAAAAUAAUGUUGUAUUGAAAU